CCGGAAAAACGCGGUAGGAAAGACACAGCAGCCAUCUUCCUGAGGUCAACUCAGCACAGGGUAGUGUUCUUUUAAAGUAAACCCCAAGGUUGUUAAAUAUUCGUAAUUUUUUCCAGACAGAACAUGAAAAAUGACGUGCAUGAUGUUCUGUCGCGUUCACGGGGAGUUCGCGUGAUGGCUCGUACCAGGCUAGCGUGCUAAGUUGUUUUGCGCUCGCUGAAAUUAGCAUCAGAAGGUUAGCUGGGAUACAGUUGGCGACGAGAUGCCGAGACACUGUUCUGCUGGUGGCUGCAAAUCCCAUGACAACCGUGAGACUCGUAAUGCCGGCAUCACAUUCCACAAGUUGCCCAAAGAAGCCUCUCGUCGGAACCUCUGGAUCGGCAACUCCCGCCGUGCAGACUCCUGGGACCCGCAGACCAACUUUGUCUACUUUUGCUCCAAACAUUUCACGCCAGAGAACUUUGAGCUGGCCAGCUGCAGUGGCAUCAGGAGACUGAGGGAAGAUGCAUUUCCCACGGUCUUUGAUUCCUCAUCUGUGACCAAAUCCAAAUGGCUGCGGAAGGUCCUGAAACAAGAAGACAGAAAUGGGAACGUUUCGGGCGAGCAGAGCGCUGACAAGUGUCAAACUCCAGUCGACUCCACAGUUCAAACGUCACUUGAAGCAGAGGAGACCAACGAGGAGCAACCCACAGCUUCUCAAGAGACAGCACAAAAUGAGGGGCAGCAAUGGCCCCGAGACGAGACCCCUUCACCUCCGCCGGCGUCACCCCCUCGCGCCGUCUCGCCGUCGCGCUACAUGCGCCGCCUCCCCCCGCGCCCUGGCUUUUACCUGCCCAAGGAGCACAGCUACGCCCAGCUCUGCCCCCUGCUGUGGCGGAAGCGCUACGACAAGGCCGUGGACUACCUGGAGAAGACCCUGCGGCAGCUGCACGCCGCCCGGCGACGGGAGAACCGACUGCGGGGCUCCCUGCUGAGACUGCGCGACAGACAGCAGAAGAUGCAAGUAACCAGAGAUGACUCCAAGAGCGCGGGGGGCUUCCGUUCUCAAGGGGGGGAUUCUAGAGGUGUGGGUGAGCUUGGAAAUGCUGCAGAGAAGUACUGUUGUUACUGCGGGAGAGGCCAAACGGAGAAAUUCACCGAGGAACAUAACUCCAAGGGGACAAAUUCUCCAAGUUUCCCACUUGCAAUCCAAGCUACGCGACACCUGCCCGACUGCCGUUGUGAGCAAUGCAAGUUCAAAGGCAAGUCUCAUAAUCAGGACCCGCAACAGUCGCUGCUGUGGAUACAAGGCGAAGCCGAGGGGCAGUUCAUUCUGGUCCCAGUCCCCGACGAAAACCAGUUCCAGAAAUAUUUCACCAUGGAGGAUGUCGCCUGCCAGGCCGGCCCGGCGUCCCGACCGGACUCUGAGAACGUCGGCGGUCCGACCCGAACGGGAAGACAGCAGCGUCCCGUCUUCGACACCUCAUUGGAAGAACUGAGUGAAGACGUGAGGGAGAAACUGAAAGAACACCUGGAGGGCUUUCACCUGCAGCUCACCAGCGAGUUCACCAACUGACAAACUGACGAGCGAUUGUGUUCAACCGACGGAAUGAAAUGGUCAUAACGGUAUUUCAAAGAAUAAAAAAAAAAAAACAUA